AUGAUUUUUGGUCAGAUUCGAAAGUUAGUAGCUCAAGCCACUAUUUACAAUAUUUGGAAGCAACGCAACAACUUUGUCCACAAUCAGCAAAAAAUCCGACCGACAUCUAUAUUUGUGAUCUUGGAUAAGGAGAUCAGAAACAUUAUCUCAGCAAAGCGUCUUCGAAAGCAGUUCCGAAAUUUGAUGCAAUUUUGGCUCAUAUGA